GUUUUGUGGCUCCUCCCUGGCUCUGUACUCAGCUCUGAAUGAUCCACAGAUCAGAGACUUGUGUGACAAGGAGGAGAACACUAUAUAGCGGCUAUUAUACCUCUAUCUAUGUGGCUGUCUGCCUGAGGACCCUCACAGAUCCAACGGAAGAUUUGCUGAAAAUCCAAAAUAAAUCUUGGGAUAUUGGUUAAAUAUGAAGAUAAUGUCCUCCAGGUUAAAGUGAGGGUUCCAGUUGAUGGUUUUCAUUCAUCAGAAGUGACUUCCAUUAGAAACUUUGACCUCCCAGUGUACAAGAUGCCAGCGAAAACCCCAAUGUACUUAAAAACCUCCACUCCCAAGAGAGGUAAGAAGCUGAAACUUCGAGAUGUGUUGUCAAGGGAAAUGAUCAGCCCUCCUUUGGGUGACUUCAGACACAGCGCUCAUAUAGGACUAGAUGGAGAAGAAGACAUGUUUGGGGAGUUGUCUUUCUUACAAGGAAAGUAUGACCUGAUCCCAAAUUCGGGUCGAAAGUUGACCCUUCAAAACACAGACAACAGCCAAGAGUUUCAUGACGGUGAUGGAAGUUUUCGCCCUUUCUUAAAAAAUGCAGUUUCUCUUCCCGUUUUCACUGGAACGCAGAGUAAGGAGAGAGCUCCUCCGAAACCCCCAAGGCUCCAUUUGGAAGAAGUCCCGAGCCAACGUUCUAUGUCCAUCAGCUACGGAGAAGGAUGUUUUCGUAGAGAAGAAGACAUGUCUUUCUCGUCCAUCUCUAAAGAAGAAAGCAGCAGGUUUUUGACACCUUCUGCAAGUUCCUCUGAAGGUUCCAUUACUGGAAGUGGAAUGUUCAGUCCUGGAUAUGGGACCAAUGUAUCACAAAGUAAAAUGGACAACACGGACUCCCAAAACCAGGAGAAUCCUCCUUCCGAAUCUCUCUUUGGGCUGGAGCUGGACCUCGGGCCUUCAAUUCUGGAUGAUGUUCUGAGGAUAAUGGAUGAUUACAAAGCCUCAUGACUGAAUGACCAUAGGGAACUGAAGAUGGACAUUAAUGGACAUUAUUUAUUAUUGUGUAGCGAUGCUUCAGCGAUCGACAAUCUAGUCAUCUAGAGUAAUGGAUAACAUCUUUUCAAUCAGACCCUUUUAUAUCAGUAUUUUACAUGAGUUCCUAAGAUUUAAGAUUUACCUUACUGGUAAAAAAAAAUCCCAUGAAAUGCAUGUUAUUUUUUGUAAAAAAUUUGAUUCAUUAAAGAAGAAAAAAUAUAAAAUUCUUUGAGAAAUUUGGCUUAUUCCAGGUAAUUCUGUGACUUACUCUAUUGACAUUGGUGACACUGUGAAUAUUGGAUCAUUUUGGAAAAUUCAAACCCCCCCCCCCCCCCCAAGAACUCUGACACUUAAUUCCCCAAAAUGAGUUUCUUCUUUUCCUAUGGAUAUCCAAAACUUAAUUAUUGACUGUUUGUCAGAUUUUAUGGCUUUGUUACAAAAUAUGCCUAAAAAGUUCACCAUAGAAUUUUUUUUUUAAUGUUUCCAUGUUUUUUUACCAUGUCUUUCUUAAAGUGGCAUCCGAUUGUUGCAUUGUCCGAGACAUAUUAGCUCCGUAAUCUCAUAAACAUGUGAAUAGUAGUCAAGACCACUGCCAUAAGUCAAGGGUGGGUACGCACAAGGCAGAUUUUGGAGGAGA